GAAGAAUAUUAUUUCAUAUUUCUUUUUUCAUAUAUUGGCAACACUGCGUAAACAAAUCGAUAUACAACGUUGUAUCAAGUAUAAGUGAAUUGAUUUAAGAGGUUAGUUUUCUUUUUUGUAACGAAACAACAUGAGUUUUAAAAAGAUAAAAGAAAUGAUAGAAGAAGGGGACGUUAUUAUUUUAUAUUUAGGACCUGGUAAUAUGCAUUCGUUGGAAGUGACACCGAAAACUUUGAACAAGAAGGGUGUUAUGGUAGAAAAUGUUUUUCAAACCAUUUAUGGCGCGCUCAAAGUAGUGUCCCUUAUCGGUCAAAAAUAUGGUACCAAAGUACAAUUGUCCAGAGGAUGGGGAUACGUAUUACAACCUACUCCAGAGCUUUGGACUUUAACUGUACCGCAUAGAACACAAAUCAUUUAUAGUCCAGACAUAAGUUUAAUUAUACACUUGAUGGAACUUUCACCAGGGCAAACAAUCAUUGAGACAGGUACUGGAAGUGGUUCUCUUUCACAUGCACUAAUUCGUGCCAUACGUCCAACUGGUUAUCUUUAUACGUUUGACUUUCACGAACAGCGUGUAAAUAUUGCUAGCGCAGAAUUUAAGAGGCACGGUCUUGAUGAUUAUGUUACCGUAGAAUGUAGAGAUGUUUGCGCUGAAGGUUUUGGAGAAAAUUUGGAAAACAAAGUGGAUGCGAUAUUUUUAGAUUUACCGCAUCCAUGGUUAAUGAUAAAGCAUGCGAUAAAUGCUUUAAAGAUGUCAGGAGGAAAAUUGUGUUCAUUUUCACCUUGUAUCGAACAAGUUCAAAGAACUUGCGCCGAACUUACAUUAGAAGGUUUCAUUGAAAUAAAUACUUAUGAAUGUUUGCAAAGAGAAUUAACUGUACAACAUAAGAAUUUACCCGUUUUAAAUUUGGAUUGUUUAAAAUAUAAGCAAGAGUAUGAAAAAAUGAAACAAGCAAAUGUAAAAGACAAACAGGAGCAAGAAAAAUUUUUGACUGUAACGCAUGCUCAUUCAUUGCCUGGUCAUACAGGUUUUAUUACAAUUGCAACGUUAUCACCGUUACAUGCAAGAUCACUUAAAGAAGAAGAAGAAGAUGAAGACAAAUUUUAAUGCGAGGAAUAAAAAUUUAUAAAAUAUUAAAUUUAGACAAUUUGAUAACUUAAAUUUAUUGUUAUUAUGCUUAAUAAAUAUUACUUUGUAUUUUGUAUUCUUCUAGUCAAAGAAAUUUUUCAUUAUGACGUAGUAAGUUAGGCGUUAGAGAAAUUAAGUAAAAGAAGAAUACUAUUAAUUGACAAACUUAUUUUUGCGUCAUUCACAAUGUAUUAUCAUUCAUGUUUUACUAAAUUUUAUACAUUCUUUUUUUUUUUCCUUUUUUUUUUUUUUUUUUUUUUUUUUUCUU